AUGACCAGGAGGGUCAUUACAUCUUCCUUGACCAACUGCAGAUCUUUAAGACGCAUAUUGUUAGCAAAUAAUCCUCUGAAUGGUGUUCUUCCAAAUUCCGUUGGAAAUCUCUCCACUUCUAUGGAAAUAUUUGAUUUAUCUCUUUCUGAAAUUGGGGGUCAGAUACCAUUAGGAAUUGGGAAUUUAAGUAACUUAAGCACUUUGUCCCUAUUCGGAAAUGACUUGACUGGAUCAGUGCCAACAACAUUCUUUGAUUUACACAUUCUUCAAGAGUUAAUACUUGACAAUAAUAGGUUAAGUGGACCCUUGCCAGAGUGCUUUUGCAAAAUGUCAUCGUUGGGCUUGGUUAAUUUGUCAUAUAAUCGAAUUUCGGGUUCCAUACCAUAUUGCAUUGGCAAAGUUACCUCUUUGAGAAAUAUUUAUCUAAAUUCAAAUAGGUUUACUAACAUAUCCAUCAGUCUAUGGAGCCUCCAAGAUCUUUUGGUGCUUGACUUGUCAAAUAAUUCUUUGAUUGGUUCUUUACCUCCAGAUUUUGGAAAUUUGAAUGCCAUAACAUAUGUAGAUCUGUCCAGGAAUCAUCUUUCAGGAAGUAUUCCCACACAAUUGGAGACUUACAAAGACUACUUUAUAUUUCUUUGGCUUAUAAUGAGUUACAAGGAUCUAUUCCAGAGUCACUCGGGAAAAUGA